AGUCGUCUCCACGAGACACUACAAAGAAUUCUUUAGUGCUAGACUCGUCUGAGAAGACUCGAGUGGCGCGACUGGUCUGAAAAGUCCAGGGAGAAUGAGCGACACGAGUGAUAGUGACACCGCCCCUAGCGGGAUGGUGAGCAUCACGACCGUGACCCCGCCAAAACUCACGAGUUUCUCCCCAGAGGUUCUGGUCAAGUGGACCAAGAAAUGGGAGAAAUUCCAACGCGACCUGAAAAUGGAAUGCGUGCGCAUGAAACGCGACUACGCUACCGCGUUGCCGUCCAUCCAGUCUUUGGCUGAGCCUGCCGAACUCAUUGAGGGCAUGGCUCGCUUUAGCUGGUUUGUUACAAUGGACGAAGUGAAUGACGAAUUCAUCUUGAAAAAGAUGAAGGAGAUCAUGUCAAAGCCCUUGAACAACGCGAUUCCGAACGCUGAAAAUGCGCUCGAGAAAUUACGGUGGAACAUAUCUGAAAAGGAUGUUACCAUGCGCGUGGUAAAUUUCCUGAUAGAGGCUUCCAGCCUCAUUGAAGGGAAUGGGCUGUCGGAAGACCUCAAAAACGACAAGAUGCGGAAGAAAAUCUUCUCCGUGAUUCUGUCGAAGGUCAAACCGGCGACGUUGCGAGCAAGUCUAACCGAAAGGGUAGAUCGUAACCAAAAUAUGAAUCCAAAAUAUGAUGUCAGUGAUCUUGCUAAGGACAUCACGGAGCUAGCGCAGGAAAACCAACGCAGCUUCGACACUGCUAAGAAAUCAGCUCCUGAAAAACGGAGAUCUGAAUCUGAUGCAGCUUUGGGAAGAGAACCCAAGCGCGCACGGCAGGAUGAAGGGCCGAAAGGUUCUAACAACCAUCUGACAAGAAGGCCUGGAAAGGUAACUUCAGAUCGGAUAGCCGCGAACAAGGCGGUGGCCGAGGUUAUGGACGCAGUGGCAAUGGUGGAAGAGGCCAAAAACAGGGCCGACACCGCAACCACAGCAGUCAAAACCCAGAGCCCAUCGACCGCGACGCAGGCUACGGCUUUGGCUCCUCUGAAACAUUGAGGGACAAAGCACGGGCAGCCGCUGUCCCUGCAGAACGGACGCACUGUCAGUCAGAGAUGACUAGACUGGUACGGUCCGAGUCGGACAAACAGCCGGAGCAAGAACUCCCGGCGUCCGAUGAAGAAACAAAGAGACCGGCUAAUAUCAAUGACGUCCCGUCGGACACCGUUGACUACGACUAUAGCUCAGAUGAGCUAGAAGGGCGAGAUCCGAAAGGACCCGGGCCCAUUCCUGUUCGUAAGGUCGAAGCGACCGAGUCAACUCCGAAGUGCGAACUAUGCCAAGAAAGCGGCCAUGCAUGGAAAACAUGCAAGAAGGGCACGCGGCAAGAGCGCAGAGGCAGAGCCAAAGUGCUGGGAUUGAUGAGGGGUAGUGAGGAUUCAUUGAAUAUACUUCGAAGUACCUCAUUUAAAACCCUAUACUCAUAUGUCUUCCACACUCUCUUCAGCAGCUUUAGGCCGGAAAGAUGCAGAUGAGACACUGCGAAAGCAGAAGGCGAAAGCCCGAUCCCACGGGAUUCAAUUCGACCCGAUGGACUAUAAUCCUCCCUCGAAAAGACAUGGUGCAAAGCCUCCAGUAGUCGUCGAGAUAGAGGCAGAGCAUGAGCUUGGAAAUGUCUCUGAGGAUGAUGGCUACAACACGCCGUUGGAAAACGCGUUGAGCCCAGAGAAAGAGGCCGCUGCAAAGCGACGAGUACUCCAGAGAGCAAAGGGAAACCAGAUCCUCUCUAAUCCAACCGGCGAAAAGCGGUUGAAUAUUAAUGGGGUUCUAGACGUCCCGUAUUGUGCAGAUACAGGCGCUACGUUGAACAUUAUCCCCCAACCGAUGGUUAUGGAGCUGAAACAGCUCCAGCCAGGCAUGCAUGUCCAGCCUGUUCCAGCAGGCCGUGACAAGGCCGACGGACCCGAUGGUCAAGUUCUCGAGCUUAUCGGAAGAAUAGCUCUGAGACUAACUAUCUACACGGCAGCAGGGCCCGUGAGGGUACCCCAGCCGUCAAUCUGUUACAUCACGAUGAAUGGAACAGAGUUCCUAGUCUCCGACGACUCCCUGAAAAGUAUUGGGAUUGACGUCGAACGACCACUCGAGCAAGUAGCCGAAAGGCAACGACUGGAUGAAGGAGAUGACUUGGAGGACAAAGAUGCCCCCGAGUUCGACCUCAUGUUGGACGACGUCGUAGACUCCUACAAUGACAUCAACCAGGUCGAAAGAACUUGGGUAGAGGGCGAAGAGCCUGAAAGGUUCGAUCCAUUGUAAACACAACGGAUUACAAUUGUUUGAGAUAUGCUGAGCAAAGCGUACAAAGCCGGAUUCCUAGAGGACCGUGCUGAUGCGCUAGGCGCCAUUGUGCGCAAUGCGGAUAUCUGGCGAACAAAGUUUCGAGCCUGUGACCCACCAGCGAAUGUCCCUCCGAUGUCCAUUACGCUGAAACGCGAUUCACGCCCCUACCGGUGCGCGUCUAGAAAUGUGAAUCCUCUGGAAAAGAGAUUAAUGGACGAUUUUUGCAGUACGCUUGUAAAUGCGAGCGUGAUCUGGAAAAAUGACCAGUCCAAGUAUUGCAGUCCAGUAAACCCCGUCCUCAAGCCGGAAGGCAAG